AUAACAAGAAUUAUUUCCGUACUCGCUGCUUCCUCACUCGCGUCCGCCCAUGGCUUCAGCGACGGUAUCGUGCUCUUCCUCUUCUGUUCCUUCAGCUCUGCAUUGUUUCGAACGCCAAUCAUACUACGAAUCGCAUCUCUCCUUUUCCAGUUGCAACAUUUCCUCCUCGAUCUUCCUCCAUGAGAGCUUUAUCGACAUCUACAGCAGUAGGAUUCCUCCGACGGCGCGAGUUCCCCACAGCCAUGCUCCAUUCUUCCCCGGGCGCCGCCCAUGUCUUCUCCGCCACCGCCUCAUGCGCCACAGCGACCGCCUGUCAGUGGGAUCCAUCCCUCGACCUGAGGCUCCACCACCCCACGCUUCUCCUCCUCGAGAAGCACUGCAACUCCCCCGCCCACUUCAACCAGAUCCUCGCCCAGAUGAUGAGGCUCCACCUCACCGCUGACACAUUCCCCAUAAGCCGUCUCCUCGCCCACUCCACCGCCGCCUCUCGCCUCUCCCUCGCCUUCCGCCUCUUCACCCACUUCGCUCCCUCUCCCAACCUCUUUAUCUACAACCUCAUGAUCUCCGCCUUCUCCUCCUUCCCACGCCAAUCUUGCGACCUCUACAAGUCCAUGCUCUCCUCCUCCGUCGCCCUCGAUGAGCGGACCUUCCUCUCCCUCCUCAAAUCCGCUUCCAAAAACGCACUUUUCGGCCGGCAGAUCCACGCGCACGUCGUAGUCUGUGGUUUCAGCUCACUUGUCUACUUGCAGAACACUCUGAUGAAGAUGUACUUGGACGCCGGAGACGCUGCUUCUGCACGUCAUGUGUUCGAUCAUAUGCCCGAACAGGAUCUCGUUUCGUGUAACAUCAUGCUAUCUGGGCUUGCCAAAGAGGGACGCUGCGUGGAAGCACUGGAGUUGCUUAGAUACAUGGAAGCUUCGGGUAUUGAACUGGACGAAUACACCAUGGUCGGCCUGCUUGUGUGCUGCUGCCAGCUUAAGAAUGCACGUCUUGGGAAGGCUGUUCAUGGAAUGAUCACAAGAAAGAUGGCUCUCAGUGGCGGCAGCAGUAACAGUUGCUUGAUUUUGAAUAAUGCUCUCAUCUAUAUAUAUAUGUCUGAGACUGGAGAGUUGAGUCAUGGAAGGUGCAUACAUGGUUCGGUGCACAAGGGAUAUGGAGCCCUGGAUGCCUUCCUGGGGUCAGCACUGAUAGAUAUGUACAGCAAGUGUGGAAGCAUCGAGAGAUCUCUUGUCAUUUUUAACCAUGUUUCAAAGAAGGAUGUCACACUGUGGACAGCCAUGAUCACUGGUCUUGCUUUCCAUGGCUAUGGAGCAAAAGCCAUGGAGUUGUUUGUCAAAAUGCAAGAAGAAGGUCUGAUGCCCAACAAGGUCACUUUAGUUGCAGCCCUUACAGCUUGCAGCCAUGCAGGCCUGGUGGAUCAGGGGACUGAAAUCUUCAAAUCCAUGAAGCAACGAUACAAUGUUGAACCUGGCAAGGAGCACUAUGGGUGUAUGGUUGAUCUUUUCGCCCGAGCAGGGCAGCUGAAGGAAGCUCUACAUGUGGUAGAAAGCAUGCCGAUGAAGCCAACUAGGUCAAUAUGGGGAGCCAUCUUAAGCACCAGCAAGGCUCAUGCAAACUUGGAGCUUGCAGAGCAUGCUUUAACAGAACUUCUCAAGUUGGAACCUGAGGAAGAAGGAGGAUAUGUGUUGCUCUCCAAUGCAUAUGCUGCUUGUGGCAUGUGGAGCUCUUCAGAUAGAGUCAGAGAGAUGAUGGAGAGAAUGGGUGUUAAAAAGAUUGGGGGUUGCAGUUCCUUGUUGGUUGAUGGUGUUGUCCAUGAGUUCAUAUCUUCAGAUAAGAGGCAUAGAUUCUGGCCUGAGAUUUACGACACCUUAAAUUAUCUGCACAAAAUGAUGAAGAUAGAUGAAGAAAGAGUACAAUAAUUUGGGUUAGAGACGUUCUACAAAACACAAUUGACCUAGAGAAGUCUGACCUUUAAAGAUGAAUCCAAAUUGACUUCUUGCUCAAGAUUAUCUUGUCUUCUUUUUUCACUGAGAUUACCAAUUUUUUCCUCUGCGAAGACCAGAGACCUUGUGUGAGUAGACUCAACAUCAUUCUUACACUGUAAUCUGAGUUAUUAUAGACUUUUGCACUGUACAAUUCUGGAGAAAUUCUA